CGCCGCUUGUGGAAAACAUAUCAAAAGCAAAGUCAGAUCUUUUUCAACUUGUCUUCGAUGGACGGAUCCGAGAUCCGAGGGCUUUCACUGAACGACCGUCGUAAUGGUCCAGUCAAAUCAACAUGCCGUAACAUUGGGAGGAUUUUCGUCGAGGGGUACGACACCAAUCUUCCACAAGAUGAUGUCGAAAGGGCGUUGAGAAAACUUUUCUCAUCAUGUGGAGAGAUCACUGAUAUUUCUAUUCGCGAUACAUCAGAAGAUGAUACAUCAGAAGAUGGUCUCUGCAGCGCUGCUAUUAUUUAUCUCAUAGGAGAAGAUGAGUUCGUAGUAGACAAGGCAAUGCAACUUAGUGGAAGUGAGGUUGAAGGAUGGAAAGCCAUUGUUACACCUUAUCCUUUUGCAAGAUCUGCAGGCCGUCUCAUUAUGGUUUAUGUUACUGGAUAUGACACCUCGCUUAGUGAGAUUGAUCUCGAGAGUGCCUUGCGUGAGCAUUUCUCUUCAUGUGGAAAGAUAGGUACAAUCACCAUUUCUAAGAAGCAUUCUUACGCUGAAGUGCUUAUUAGUGGAGAAGAUGCACAAGACAAGGCGAUGGAACUUAAUGGAAGCUACUUGGGAGGACGCCAGUUACUUGUUAAGCUUACUAGCGGGGCAAUUUUUACAGUUCACCCAAAGUUUUAUCGCCUACCAAAGAGGGUUUAGGGGUUUUUAAGUUAACUGUGGUGCAGUGGAGCCUUUCUCUAUCUAUUACUUUCUAUGUUUUUUUUGUUUUUAUUUUUAUAAUCUGGAUGUUGUAUUGUGUGAAUCUCUGGAUUCUUUAAUAAAACUGGGUUAAGCGC